AACCCUAAUUAGCCGCGCCUCUCUCUCUCUCUCUCUCUCUCCCUCCUUCCUCCCUCUCCAAGAUCCUCUCUUCAUUACAAUCCAAAACCAUGCAAGAGAUUCUCGCAUCCCCUUAAAUCAACCACUCUUACACUAAUCAUUCUGGCUCACUUGGGCUGUCUACUUCUCCUUCAAGUGGAUUACUGUCCUCCUCUGAAUAAACCCAAGUGUCCUAAAAUCCUGUGCAGUACAAUGAAUAACCUCUUGCUUUAAACAAGCCAAGUGCUUCAUUAGUCUCUCUCUUAAAUAAGACAAACUAUCCAAGCUCCUACAUAUCACUGUUAUGGAACCAGUUCCAGAACCAGAUUAUCCCAUCUAUCACCACCACGAUCAUCAUCACUCACUCAGCAACACGGACAUUCCAGUUAACUCCAUCACCAGACCACCAACCACAGAUUCAUCAUCUUCUUCGACCCUAAGCCGCUAUGAGAACCAGAAACGCCGGGAUUGGAACACCUUCUGCCAGUACUUGGGAAGUCACAGGCCGCCGAUCCCACUCGCCGCAUGUACCGGCAUGCAUGUUUUCGACUUCCUCCGCUACCAGGACCAGUUUGGCAAGACCAAGGUUCACCACCAGACUUGCCCCUUCUUCGGCCUCCCGAACCCGCCUGCCCCGUGCCCGUGCCCGCUCCGCCAAGCUUGGGGCAGCCUGGACGCGCUCAUCGGGCGGCUCCGAGCCGCCUACGAGGAGAACGGCGGGGACCCCGGGGCGAACCCUUUCGGAGCUAGAGGUUUGAGGGUUUACUUGAAGGAAGUCCGUGACUAUCAGGCCAAAGCGAGGGGCGUUAGUUACGAGAAGAAGCGCAAGCGGCCCAAGGAGAAGGGGCCAUCGCAAUGAUGAGUUCUCUCUUGCCCUUAGUCUUAUCUUUGGAGACAGCACAGAACAGUUCACGGAGCAAAAGACAACGUAUGAUCAGAACUAACAGAUAUAUGCGCGUUUCAAUAUACUUAGAUGUCAUCAGUCUUCUUCGGCUUGAUCUCCGCUAAUUACUCGUGAAAGACAUGCGAGUCUUAUAAUGAAGACCCUCGAUAUGCAAGUCCCAAGUCUCUCGUAAGUACUACAUGUCAAAAUAUACCAAGUAAUUUCUUUAUAUUUCUAAUUAAUUUGGGUGUUCAAGUUACUGAAAAGAUGUGCUUUAAGUCUUUACCUGUCUUGGAUGAACUUUUUGUGCUGUCUCUGCAGAUAUUGGAGUGCAUGCUCAAUGAAUUUUUUUUCAGUUCUUCCAAUGCCUAUUACAUAUAUUAUAUAUGUUU